GUCGAAUUGCACUCGUCCUGAAGACGUUGUGCGUGUUCAACUCUUGAAAGCGACAGUCAGGUGGAGUUGAAAACAAUGUUCUGAUUAUAAGAUAUUGAACAGUUCCCUUUGUAUUGACUUUAACAUUGAAACCGUGCCAUUGACAUUAAGAUGGAGAGACGAGACCAUUUUGAUGUGCUGAUUGUUUGUCCUCAGUCGUCUGAUCUCAUGGCUGCAUGUGAUGUGUUUGAACAUAACACAAACAGCAAGUUUAAAAGCAUUAAAGCAGAUCACAUUGAUUUGCCUUACAAUCUUCAUCUAUGCCGUAAAUGGAAUGGCUCACCUUUGGAUGUUGCCAUGGUAGCUCAGUUUGAGUCUGGUGGCAUUGAGGCUACAAAGUUUGUUGCUGAUUUGGCGAAACAUUUCUCUGCUGGUUUGAUUGCAAUGACGGGCAGUUGUACCACAAAGGAGGACGAGAACAGCAGAGUAAAAUAUGGAACAGUCGUGGUGUCUAGGAGAACAAUAACAACGGAGUUGGGAGAGCCGGAGAAGUCGGAUGAAACACAUCAACUCUAUCCCUGCAAGUUAGAUGACCGGAUUUUAUUAGCAAUGGAAGAACUCGUUCAGAUGGAAAAGCCUGUCUGGUUGGAUUACGUUCCUUUUGGAUCUGAUUGUCCCAGUCCGCGGUAUGUGAAGGAGCUAUUGCUGAAAUGUGUUUUGGACAAGGAAGGUAUGAGGAAGAGAGACCUCCUUGCUGCCGUAGAAUCCAAACUCUGUGGCAUUAAUGUACGUAUUAUUGAUGAGGUUUUGGAAAAGAUGCUGAAGGAAGCAGAGCCUUGGAUUUAUGCAAAAGGCAGUAUUUUUGAGUAUAUGUCAACGAAUGAAGGAAAGUCGUAUGCCAAAAAUCAAUCCUUGUUUCUAUGUAGAGACAAAGAUGCUGCCGCUUCUGUCGUAUUUGGAUCUAUUGGAUCAUUACAUAAUGAGAUAGAGGAUGUCGACAGGCAGAUGAAGACGUUGACACAACUUACAGGAGAUGACGACAUAAAAGCUAUUGAUAGAGAAGCUCAUUUCUUUAUGAAAGAAGCAAUGGACAGUUUCAGAUUUGGAUCAACUGACAACGUGCAAUAUGGAUUAUGUGUUGUUGUGAAGGGAAUAUCCAACUACGGCACAGAGAGCAGCAAACUGAACUAUUACAACAUGCAUCGUGUUACAUCAGCGGCUUUUUUGAGACAUUUUGUUAUACAGAAUGUUUCCAUGAUCAAGUCUCAGUCGUUUGAAUGUCAACUGUUUGAUUUGUCUGCUGAUGUGGCCACCGAUUGGCGUGAUGUGGCUAAACGUUUUGGUAUGAGCAGGCAUGAUGUGGAGACGAUAGAAAACAAAGUUCACUUAGAAAGUGAUCAAGUAGAAAGACAUCGAGCAUAUCGUAUGUUAUGCAAGUGGCGUAUUAGCGAAGGCGACAAGGCAUCUCUAGAUAUUGUAAAAGUUGAACUUGAGCACGUCAAAGAGCAACAGAGAACUGCAGCAUUUGGCAGUAUCACUUUUCCUAAUGAUCUAAUGACAGAAGCUAAGCAGUUUUGUGGACGAAAAGCAGAACUGCAGAUGUUAAAAACAACAUUCUGGAGAGAACAUGCUGGAUUUAUACCUAUAGAGGAGUUUUGCUUUGUGGUGAUCAAAGGAAUGGGCGGAGUGGGGAAAUCAUCUUUGGCAGCCAAAUUUGCAUUGCUAUGGAAACAUCUGUAUAGUGAUGGAGUGCUGUAUUUCAAUGCUGAAUCAGAAGAAACAUUGAUAGGCUCAAUCAAACAAAAUCUUACAGUUUUGCAUCCUGCUGCAGAUGAGCGAUUAGAUUCAAAAGAUGAGAUCAAUGAAAUGCUGCUUUCUCAUGUCGAAAAGCAUUUUAAGAUGUUACUGGUUUAUGAUGGUGCAGACAAUCUCUCUUUUCUGCACAAAUUCUUACCUCGUCCUCCUACUCGUGUGCAUGUGCUAGUUACAACUCGAUGUGGUGAUUGUUCUGUGUUGCAAGACGUUAAUCGUGUUAUUCAUCUUGGUGGUUUGAAAGAUGAAGAUGCUGCUGCAGCAUUAGCCACAUGGCGUGAUCAACCACUAAACAGUGAAGAAGUUGUGGCAGCCACUAAGUUGUCAAUUAGUCCUCCCAUACAAAAUCUCCCAAUUGCUCUUGCUCAUGCAGGCAGAUUUGCUCAAAAGGCACAUCUAAGUUACAAAGAAUAUUACGAACUGCUGAAAACAGAAAAGGUGAAGCUUGAGGCUUAUGCUUUAGAUCUCAACAAACUAUUGCACUACUUCAGGGCUAGUCAUCUGCGUCAGGAAUUGUUAGAAAUAAAUGUGAAUCAACCUGCCGAUAUCAAUGACAUAGAAAUAGAAUGGCUAGAUCUGAGUGAAGAUGAUACUGAUGUUGUCCAAAAUAUACGCCAGUGUAUGUCUUUAUCAAAAGAACAACAGGUUUACCUCACAUGGCAAACGGACAUUGACUUGGUGGAAAGAGAACAUCCAGAGGCUUUGUCUCUUCUUGAAUAUGCAUCAUUUCUGUCUUCAAGGGACAUUCCAGAGAAGCUAAUUCAUUCUCUUGUGUGUAGUGAAUCUGCCAAUGAUGCAUACAGUUUGUGUGUUUCAGCUCUCUCUUCACACUGUUUAACCGAACAGCAUGAAACAGCAGAGGGUUGCAAUAUUAACAUUCAUCCGCUGGUUCAGUCAGCAGUGAGGGAGCGCAUCAAACAACGUCCAGAUGAAAUAGAACGUAAACUAACUGAUCUCUGCAACAGUUUAUUAUCUAUUUUACCUGAAAGUAGUAGCAACAUGUUGGAUGUGCAAGCUAGUGAACAGUAUCAUAGUCUUCUUCCCCACUUGUCUUCACUGGCUAAGAAUGUGUUGAUGUUUGGUGUAAGAGCAUUGACUUGUUUGCUUGUUGUCAAACGUUCGUGUACCAUUCUGAUCUCUUACCAGCAAAUCGAGAAGGCUUGCUAUUUGUCAGCACAGCUGUAUGAUGUUUUGGGUCACAUGCAUUUCGAAUCAGACAUCGUCAAACACACGUGGCUUAUUCAAGCAAUGGCUCUACUUGGCACUGCAUGUGCUAUGAAACAGAACCGGCAGAGAGUAGUUGGUCUUUUACUUGAUGCUAAGAAGAUGGUUAAUGAAUUACAACCAGGAGACAAGAACGAAACGUUCAAACUUUAUUUCAAUGUUUUGCUGAAAUUGUUUGAAUGCUGUCAAGAGCAGAACAACAAUGAAAAAGCAAAGUCUUACCUAGAAGAGGUGAUGAUGCUGGAGAAACAUUCAACAGACAAAGAUUCAGUCAGAAUUGCUAGAAUUGAAUGCAUGAUGGGACGUAGCUGUAUCAGUUGGGAUGAAAUGGGCACAGCAAUGGAAGAAUUAGCUUACAAGUUAAAGGCUCAGCAUACUCAGACUCCAUCCGUUACACACACCACUUCCGGGAUCACGCCUCAAUUAAGCACAAUGUCCCAUGAUUCUCACGUCGAUAUCAGCAGCCGUACUCUAGCGUCAGCAUCAACAAUUUCGACCUCAAGUGAAUGCAAAGAGUAUUUCUUCAAGGUCCUAGUAAUAGGAGACGCAUGCGUUGGCAAGACAAGCUACAUAGAGAGCUACGUGUAUGGCAAGCCAUUCAAGUCCAACUACAAGACAACAGUUGGCGUGGACUUUGCCAUUAAAGACCUGCAUUUGUCGGAUAGAGAGAAAGUGAGACUGCAGCUUUGGGAUUUGUCGGGACAGGAGCGCUACACAAAUAUGAGUCGAGUAUACUAUCGAGAUGCUGUCGGAUGCUUGCUAUUCUUCGAUCUCACGCGAGUUCAGUCGUUUCGAAAUGCGCUGAGAUGGAAGUAUGACUUGGACAACAAAGUACACCUACCAAAUGGUCAACGAAUUCCAUGCCUACUUGUUGCCAACAAGUGUGAUCUGAAUGAGCGAUCGGUGCCUUGUGAAGACAUUGAUUCGUUUUGUGAGAUGAAUGGAUUUACUGGGUGGAUUGAAGUAUCUGUAAAAAAGAAUUACAAUUUAGAUAGAACAGCAAGAAUUCUCAGUGACACAGUACUUAAGGAGCUAAAGAACGAGCAAACACCAGGGAGAAAACUUAUUCAGCAGAGAUCUAGAGAGUCACACAUUCAACUGAGUGGCAAACAGGCACAGUCAUAUCAACAGACAACAGGCUGUUGCAGUGGACGCAAUGCUGUGGUGUAAUAUUGUAUUGUCAGAGAUUUCCUUGUAUGCACAUAAUAUUUUUGGUAUCCAACUAUUCAUUUAAUUAUUGAUUGCAAUGUGUUGGAACAAUGCAUCUCACAAUACAUUAGACUAUUGUACUGGAGGGAUGCAUCUCCACAAUA